AUGUCCUUCUGCCUCUCUCUUUUAUUUCUACUCUGUCAUUCUCUCGUUCUUUAUCUAUCUCGCUAUAAGGAGACAAAAUGGAGACUAGCAAUAAUAAACCAAAUCUGUCUGCCAAAAGAAAAGUUGUCUUUCUUUCUUUCUUUCUUUCUUUCUUUCUUUCUUUCUUUCUUUCUUUCUUUAAUUUUAGUACAUUUUUCUUCCUUUCUACCUUUCUACCUUCUUUCUUUUUGUAAUUCUUUUUUCUAUCUUUCCUUUCUUCCUGAACGUUUCUUUCUUUCCUUCGUUUGUGUUUGUUUGUUUGUUUAUUUCUUUCUUUCUUCUUUCUUCCUUUCUGUCUUUCUUUCUUUCUGUCUUUCUUUCUUUCUGUCUUUCUUUCUUUCUCCUUCCUUUGAAACACUGUUUUUCUAUAAUCCCUUCAUUUAUUCCUUACAUUCUUCAUUUUUUCAUUAUUCUCCAAUUUUGUUCUUCCUCCCUACUUUCAUUUUAUCAUUUUUUCUUUCUUUCUUUCUUUUUUUCUUUCUUUCUUUCUUUCUUUCUUUCUUUCUUUCUUUCUUUCUUUCUCCAGUGACACUUUCCAUGAUUCUAUUCUUUAUUUCUUUCUUUCUUUCUUUCUUUCUUUUCUUUCUUUCUUUCUUUCUACAUUUAUUUAUUUCUUUAUUACUUCAUUUUUUCUUCAUUCUUUCUUUUUGCAAUUCCGUUAUUGUUUCUUUUCUUUUCUUCAUUCCUAAACACUUCUUUCUUUCCUUCUAUCUUUCCUUCUUUCUUUGUUUCUUCCAUCUUUUCCCGUACUUCCUGUUUUCUCAUUUUUUCUUCCUUUAUCAUUUUCUUUCUUUCUUUCUUUCUUUCUUUCUUUCUUUCUUUCUUUCUUUCUUUCUUUCGGAAGAUAAAAAAAAAAGCGGGACAAGGAAAAAGUGGAAGAAAUUAUUAAAUUUUUACUUCGCAUUUUUUUCUUCAUUCUUUCAUUUUGCAAUUCCGUUAUUUUUUCUUUCCUUCAUUCAUAAACACUUCUUACUUCGUUUCUUUCUUUCUUCCAUCAUUUUCCGUACUCCCUGUUUUCGCUUUCUUUCUCCCUUUAUCAUUUUUCUUUCUUUCUUUCUUUCUUUCUUUCUUUCUUUCUUUCUUUCUUUCUUUCUUUCUUUCUGCCUGUAUUAUCUUCUGCCACCAUUAUAA